CGAGGCGGCCGCGCCGGCGCCGCAGGAGGAGCCGCCCGCGGUGCGGCCCGAGCGGGUUCCGCGGCCGCGGCCGCGGGAGCCGCGCGGGCCCGCCGUCUGGGGGCGCCUGAAGGUGUUCGGCGUCUCGGAGCUGUUCUUCUUGCCCUCCUACAUAGACUCGGCGAGGCUGUCCGACGUGGGAAGAUUCCGGGCGGUCCUUGGCCCUGGCACGAUGCCCCUGCUCACAGCCUUCUUCGACGUCGGCGUGACGGCGCAGAAGCUGCCACCGCUCGAAGAGGUGAGAAGAUCACUCCAAUUGCGCGAGAGCGGCUUCCGCCUGGCAUCCAAUCUUCAGCUUGGCCGCUGCUACGUGCUCCAAGGCACCCUGGCUGCAGGCACGUCUCCAGCGGAGCUGCUGGACAGGAGCCAGGAGUCGUUGGACAGCUCGUUCGGCACAGGCGCGCUGACGGCCAUGAUCCAGCGAGAGAGGUGCGAGGUGACCCCCGCGCUGAACUUUGUGCCCGUCAAGGGAGUCUUCCAGCCCGGGGCCGUCCAGGCGGCGGAGGACGAGGAGCCUCUGCUGCUGCUCGUGUUCAUGACUGACGACUUGCCCAUACCGCCUGAAGAGGAGGAGCUGACCGACCGCCUCCUGGCGGCCUCGUCCCUGCUCGCCUGCGCCGGUCUCGCCAACACGCUGGCAUUCGCCGUCAACUACGCCCACGAGUUCGGGCCCAGCGCCCUCCCCGCCGAGCAGCUCGGCUCGGGGUACGUCUCGGUGACCAAGUACAUCUCGAUGAUCCGCAGGACGCGUGUUGAUCAGCCCACCGUGUGUCUCUCCGGUG